UUCAUGAAUUUGCUUCACAGUUCACACCACUCCCAAUAAAGCCAAAACUGGGACAUUAAGGUGUCUACCCUCCGAAAAAUGCUCAGCCUCGGGAGAUUAACAACAUGGCAGCAAUGCAACUCUGCGGUUCCUCGAAACUCCAAGUCAAGAGCGUUCAAUUUUCCGGCGAAAACCCACCCAACCCGAGUUUCAUUUUCUCCGAAUAGACUCAUCCGCCUUGCUCUUUUUAGUGUUCUUGGCCGACCAAGAAUAGGGUUUUGCAUAUAUGCCUCGAAUAGACAACCACAAGGUGGCAAUAGUGCAUUGGAAAUGCAUGAUUUUGAGGAAGAUGAUGACUUUUUUGAUGAUGAAGAAGAAGAGGAAACGGGUUUUGAUGAAGAUGAGGAAUUUAUUCCCUUGACUAAUAUGAAGAAGUGGCUUGAGAAUAAGCCACGUGGGUUUGGUGAAGGCAAGGUUUAUGACACUCCCAUUGAGGAUAAGCUCAUGGAGGAAAUAGAGCAGAGCACAAAAGCUCAGCUGGCUAAUUUCAAUAAUCUCAAGAACAAGCCUGCCAUGGCCAUUUCCAAGAAGGAACAAUGUCAGCAAGAGAAAGUCUCAGAAGAGGGUAAACAUGGAUUUCGUGUCCGUUUGAUCAACCUCCCUAAGAAAAAGAAUAUCCACAGGGAUCUUCGGUCGGCUUUUAAAGGAGUUCCUGGAAUACUUGAUAUCAUACCAGUUGUUUCUGGAAACAAAAGAACCAAGGACCCUAUCUGCAAAGGCCUUGCCUUUAUUGAUUUCAAAACGAAGAAUGAAGCUUAUAGAUUUGUACAGACUUUCUCCGGACAAAGUAUUACCUUUGGUAAGGUUCAGAAGCAGAUAAAAUGUGACAUGGAUUUCAGCUUACUUAAACCUGGGAAUGAAGAUUCUGUUGGGGAAGAUAGCUACACUGAUCAAAUAGUGGUGGAGGCAGAAGAACUUUAUGAUGAAUUUGCUAGUGAAGAUGAGGUGCAUAAAUCAGCAGAAACUGAAGAGAGUGAAGAUUCCAGAAGUGGUGUACCAAUUCGAGAAUUUAGAUACGGGGGUGUUGCGGAAGAAAGAGAACGGUCUGUUACGGAAGAAAGAGAACGGUCUGUUACAAAACCAAAUUCAUCCAAACAACAAGGGGAACUACAAGAAAAGGGAAAAAAGGUAGCAUCUAAAGCAAAGAAACAGAGACCACCGAAGAUAAAUAUUCCAGGAUCUGCCAAUAGGUUGAAGAUCAGAGAGAAAGCAGUGCUUACAGGAGUGUUCUCGAAAUAUGGUGGAAACACUUCGGUGGUCACUAGAGGGCAGAGUUGACGAGAUUGAAUACUUGAGAGGAUUUGGUUUUCGUGCAGUGUUGAGGGGAAUCCAAUGGAAAAAGAGCAAUUAAAUUUGCGCCAGAGGAGGAAAAAGAGCAGAUCAUUUCAAGUGUAGAACCAGAUUUUCCUGUACUCUAUCUUGUACAACUACAUUAGCAAUCACUAAGGCCUGAUACCUGAAAAUGUAACAGUAGAAUAGAAGUGGUGCAGAAGGAAUGCAUCCAAUAGGAGCCGAUGCAAGACCAAAAUUACCUAAUUAGACAGUCAUGUUCUGUGAGUUAUGAAUUAACUGCUACUCAAAUGCCUCAGGUAUAGGCCUUCUGUGUCCUUUAUGUC